AUGGGAGAAAGGGGAGGAAAGAAGACCAGUGGAGAAGCACGGGGGACAACUACAAUCCCAGCACCGACAACAGCAAGAAAGGCUUGGGAGAAGAGAGGAGAAACAGAUGAGGAAUACGAGGAGGUACCUCUGGAAGACACGGGGGGCGAGCCAUGUGAAAAACCAUCGGUCGCCGGCCCGCAAAGCCGCACCGGCACUACCUCAACAACCACGAAUUGGAGCAUGGUGGAGAUUGCAAACACAACCAAUGCGAAGCUCGUCUCCGACCACUGGCCCGCUCACUACAACAUCCCCGACUACUUCACCGACAUCUACUACCACCCCAACCAUCAUAGGAAGGGGGACACAACCAGGGUGCAGCCAACCUUCGAUGAUACAGCACGUGCGCACAUACCCAGCAGGAGCGCUGCCACCGCCAAAGAGAAUCAAGAAGGAGGAAUGGGAGGAGGAUUCGGAGGAAAGAUGGGAGGCUACAAAGUCUACAAAGCCAACGAGGACCCCAAAGCCCAAGACGCUGUACGGAGAAGAACGAGGACCACUACAUGA